UCAAUACAGCUGUAGCAUCUAUCAUGUUGCAGAUUUGGAGCGAGAGGUAUCUCUCCGCAUAUAUUUUUAUUUGUCGUCUUCUAUUUUAUGCCUUCAUAGACCCCCGAGCGGAAGGCGCGCGGGUUUCAGAUAUGCGCACCUGAAUCGCUCAAACAGAACCAUAAGGGUUUCCUGAGAUGUUCCGGUGUCAGUUCCACUAUCACUGCAUGGCUGUGAUGUGACAAUGCGCUGUCUGGUGGCUCGCAUCAAUCACAAGACUCUGAUAGUCAUCUGUGCUGUAUUUGCCCUCAUCACUAUACUGCUGUGGAACAAGUGCUCCAGUGACAAAGACCUGCCCACACAGAUCAGACCUCAGCUGGAGUUUGCACCCACCCCAGAGAAGGAUGAGGACAACGGGCAGGCCCCCGAAGCACCGCCUGGAUCCAAAGAAGUCACUUAUGAGCAGAUUGACUGCCUUAUCAAUGAAGAUGUCAUCAUAAAAGGCCGUAGGGAGGGGGGCGAGGUGUAUCUGCCCUUCAGCUGGGUGGAAAGGUACUUUGACGUCUACGGGCGUCUGGUACAGUAUGAUGGGACGGAACGGUUUGAGUUCUCCCACAGUUACUCCCGGGUGUACGCCCAAAGGGAGCCUUACCACCCGGAUGGGGUCUUCAUGUCCUUUGAGGGGUACAACGUGGAAGUGCGGGAUCGGGUGAAAUGCAUCAGUGGUGUGGAAGGUGUACCAAUCUCUACCCAGUGGGGUCCCCAGGGGUACUUCUACCCCAUUCAAAUAGCUCAGUAUGGGCUGAGCCACUACAGCAAGAACCUCACAGAAAAGCCACCUGAUAUAAAGAUCUACGGCAUGUCUGAGGAAAAAGAGGGUGGCUCAAGUCCAUGGGUUGUCCCUAAGGGUUGCACACUCUCUAAGCUACAGGAUCAAGGUCGCUUUGGGUUUGCGCAUCAUUUUGUCACAGCGGAGAACCCUGAUGGUGUAUCUUUGGUCUUGGACAACGCAAAAGAUUUCGUCCUAACCUUUGAUGUGAAGUUUGUCUCCAAUGGUAGCGUCUCUGUGGUUCUGGAGACCACAGAAAAGGGACCUCCUUACAUCCUCCAUUACAUCACUAGUCCACUCCUUCUUUCCUUUAAAGACCGAGAGGUCAUCUACGGCAUCGGCUCUCGAGCCUCCUGGAGUACCGUCAGUCGUGAUUUAGUGACAGAUUUGCGUAAAGGAGUCGGUUUGUCCAACACCAAAGUGGUGAAGGCGACCAAGAUCAUGCCUCGCUCUGUGGUCCAGCUGGUUCUUAGAGGUUCUGGCUUUAUCAGCAAUAUCACUGUGUCUUCCACUGCACACAUGGCUCCCUUCUUUGCCGCCAGUGAUUGGCUUCUUUAUAACCAGGAUGAGCAUGGAGGGUGGCCGAUUAAGGUGACCCGAAAACUCGGAGAGGGGUUCAAGAGCUUGGAGCCCGGAUGGUACUCCGCAAUGGCCCAAGGCCAAGCCAUGUCGACAUUAGUGAGGGCGUACCUGGUGACGCACAACCCUGCAUACCUCGGCGCCGCAAUCCGAGCGACAUCCCCCUUCAAAAGGACUUCUGAACAUGGUGGAGUCAAAGCGACAUUCAUGAACAAGUACGACUGGUACGAGGAAUACCCCACAACACCUAAUUCAUUUGUUCUUAACGGCUUUAUCUACUCUCUGAUUGGGCUAUAUGAUGUGGCGGAGACGGCGGGCAACAAGCUUGGUCGAGAAGCAGGUGUACUCUUCAGUCAAGGACUGGAGUCACUCAAGGCCAUGUUGCCAUUGUUCGACACAGGCUCUGGAACGGUUUACGACCUGAGACACUUUACCCUGGGUCUUGCCCCUAAUUUAGCACGCUGGGACUACCACACCACGCACAUCAACCAGUUACAGCUGCUCGCAUCAAUCGACACUGCCCCCAUUUUCAGGGAAUAUGUGAAACGCUGGAAGACUUACCUGAAAGGAGGCCGGGCCAAGCACAACUAGACUUUCUCGGAUGGCAAUUUUAUAUAAAAUCUUGAACUAUUGUUUAAGAAUGAAAUAUACUGAGCAUUAAUAAUUACAUAAGCAUUUUUACUUUACAUGAAAAGGGUGCAUAUUUUAUCCAAUAUGUUUGCUUUAAAGUGUCUUGCUGAAGAGCCUGAGUUGUUGUACAGACUUUGAGAAUGUGGAGUCACCUAAAAUAUUUAUUUGCAAAAUAUCUUGGUAUAUUUGAAUGUAAGAAGCAAUGCACAGUUAUUUACACAGAUGUUGAAGAAAGCACAGCAGAUUUGCUCUAAAAUUAAACGACUAUAUAUCUUGAUGCAUACAGUUAGUAAAUGUGAGUAGUCACACUAAUGAUUGUGUAUCAAUGAAUAGAUUAUGCUGUAAAAUGUCAUUAGUAUUGCAUAAUGGUAAAAUGAGUGUAUUAGAAAUGUUUUAGAAAAUUUUGAUCUUUGUAGCCUAUUUUAAAGCACAAUCCUAUAGGUCUUUGUGAUUUGAUACAGUUGCACUAUUUGAAUAGUUUUCUUUUCAGUAUGUAAUUAUUUAAAGCUUAAAUAAAUGUGCUAUUUGAGCUGUUUUAAAACUUUCAGUGAACAAUCAUUGCUAUCAAAAAGUGGACCGAGAGACACAUGGAGCACAUAUCAUA